AUGACCUAUAACAUAUCCUAUAGUACAGAUCGGCUGGUGAUGGAUUAUUUCAACUUUUCCUGGUUGAGGGGACAGAAGUCACGGGAAAUUCACAGCGGUGGUGUCCUGGGAGAUUUGAGUGAGAAGGGAAUUGUGUUACGUGACCACCUCCUCUCUAUCUCUUGCUCCACAGCAAAAUGGAAGAAGAGUCAUGAACGCACCUCGUUCACCCACACACAGUAUAAGGAGUUGGAGGCUCUGUUUAGCUGCAACAUGUUUCCAGAUAAAAACCUCCAGAGAGAACUUGCUUUAAAACUCAAUCUACCAGAGUCAACAGUAAAGAUUUGGUUCAGGAACCGGCGGUUCAAAAUGAAGAAGCAGCAGCAGCAGCAAGAGCAGCAAUCACUAAAGCCACCAAGCCAGGUCCUUCCAGCCAAGGAUGUGCCCACAGCAUCAACCAGCCCUCAUUCUUUUCUCCUUGAAGUUUCAGAUUCCUAUAACUCCUUCUCAUCUCAGCCCUUAGACCCUUUCCCCUGGGCAGGGGACUCUAUGAUCAUGGAGAUUCCUACAAGUGAUGUCCAAAUGCAAGAUCCUCAAUUGGAGAGGCUAGUGGCCUCAGUUCCUGCUUUGUACUCUGAUGCAUUUGACAUCACCCAAAUCAUGGAACUGUACAGUUUUCCUGAUGAGGAUGACAUCACCAACUCUUCCUUCUAUUCUCUAUAUCAGUAUCUCUAAAUAAUAGAUUCUUCUCUUAUAGUCUUUGCUGAUUCAGCUGUAGGUUUAUUUCCUGAGCAGACCUACUUCAGCGUGACAAGCUGGAGCUUUGCAGUCUAUAGUCCACAGGACAGCCUGGAAUUCCAGAACCCCUCCAUUAUGAGCAGUUUUAAUUUCACAGCAAAAAUGAGGAGAAGGUACGAAGACUUCUGUACUAUAAGAAUUCGGUCCUCUGCAGCAGCCGAUGCGCGCCCAGCCACCUCCGGCAGUCUGCCUGCUCACAACCAAGGGACGCGGGUGCAGCACGUGCUGACUCAGCCCGUGCCGGCAAGUGUGAUAGAGUUAAAAGUUCAGCCAAGGACAUCCUGGGAAGUGGCCUGUGCAGCAAAAAUGAUUCUGCACACUCUGAACUUUGCAGUGUACUGGCUAAUGCCACCAAUGCCAGGAAAAGGAGAUCUACCACCAGACACCCUAAUGCCUGGUUCCUUCCUGCCAGCCUCUGUAACCUCCAGAUGCAUCCCAUAA